UAAAUCUACGUAUCAAAGGGUUGUAAAUAAGUAGGUUCUCGUCGUGUUACAGACCUCCUCAAACGAUAACAUUGACACAAUCACGAAAGACCGUGAUAACGGCAUCGUGUGGUGUAAGGGUUUUGUGUAUUGUGUAUUAACAGUAUAGGUAUUAUUAGUUAGGUAUUGAUAGUACAGGUGCAGUACACAUAUUGUAUACAAGUUGGCUUUACGUUCGGCCGUCGAAAAGAGUUAUAAUUAUAACUUAUACUUAAGUAUGUCGUCAACUCUAAUAAUAUUGAUGCUGGCGCGGACAAUAUUAUAAUAACUAAAAAAACAUGACCAAUGGCCAAAUCCUGACUAACGGCCGGAAGAGUACGGCGGCGGAGACUUGAAAUUGAAAAAACGAAAAACCUAAAGCGGACCGACGAGGGCGAAAUCGUUAUCAGCGAUCGGCAAUAAAACACAGCCAAACACGUGAUAACGAAAGUCGGCGUCGUGGUUAUCUCUUCGCGCGACGGUCUGGAUUUAUUGAUUUUUCCGCGGCGGUCUAGAUUCCGAGGCGCCGGUCCGUUUGGCGGUGGCGGCGGCGUCAACGGCGAACCCCGGCCGCCGCCGCGCCACCGUUACUGUGUGUGCACAACACGGCGUCUGGCCUCGUUAUUCGCGUUCGCCCGGUGGUAUCGCGCGCGGGGGGUGUACCACUGUUGUUAUUGUUGUUGUCGUCGUCGUCAGCGCCGACGGUAUAUAGUUCAAGCGGUCACCACGACCACGGGAUAUCGCGGUAAUACUAUCAUAAAACAUAUAGCACGUCGUCGUCGUCGUCGUUGAGCCGAUCUUCACGAUCAUGCCGAAAAAGAAACCGAUACCAGUAGAAGAUCUGGUGGUGCCGCCGCAGGACACCCGGAUAUGCGGUACGAUAUGCGUGUGCCAGAUGACGGCAGUGCUGAGCAGCGUGGCCAUCGUGUACCUGACAGUGGCCAUAUACAUGCCGACCAUGCGGGAGUUCAAGUCGGGCAUAUCGGAGGACCCGGUAGUGUGCACCACCACCAGGAACGUGUCGUCGCAGAAAUGCGACUGGAGCUCGUGCAGCGAAUGGUGCCUGAGCAAGCCGUCCGGCGGCUGCGCGCAGAUCUACGUCAACAUCCGGCAGAACGGGUCGGCGCUGCUGUUGCACAACUGUUCACACGUUGUCAACAAGACGUGCUUCGGGUUCGACCCGGAGAACGCCAAGCGGUACACGUGCAUCCGGGACGAGUGCAAGACACUGACCGGCACGUUCAACUGCACCGAAGGCGUGUGCAUAAACAUCACGGACGCAUUCCGGUGCGAGUUCCGCAACACGGAGCCGCCGCUCAAGUGCAACGAGUACCGGGGCAAGAUCACGUGCAUGGCCAUAGCGGGCCUGAACAGCUGCCUGCGUGGCGAGUGCAGUCGCAUACUGGAGCCGUACAACUGCGACCGGAGGUGUGUGGACAUACCUACCAGGAACAAGAACGUGAUCGUACUGAGCGGCGAUCGGACAUUCUUGGCACGGUGCGAUGCGGCCGCGCACCUGCCCGGUUACAUGGAGGGCGAUCCGUUACCGGGGGAAAUCGAAGACGGCGACGGUGGCAUCAUCGAAAACGAACGGCGGCGGCGGAUAUGGUCCGAGGAACAGGACGACGUGCUGAUUGCGUCGUGCAUGAGCGUGGUGCUGGGAGGGCCACCGGGAGAUCUGCUAGCCACGGACUGCGUCAACGGGUCGCUACUGCGGCAGGACGUGCUGGCCGAUUUUGCAAACUUCUCGCACCUAACCAACCUGAACGCGCAGAGCGACCGACCAAUCGUGGCCGGUGACGUGGUGGCGCCUCGCGAACACAAACUACUUAUUGCCAAGGACAGUCACCUGCACAUUAACCUGGAGGGCUGCGUGAACACGCUCCGCGGCGAGUGCGACGUGUUCAUUCGACGGUUCGGCAAGGACGGUUCCGACCACAACGCUCGCGCCAGGUUCCGGUGCUUCUACGCCACCGGCAUACCCGAGCUGGCAGUCGUCCGGUUCGACUUGGGCCGCACGUACAAGGAGUUCCUGGUGGCGUCUGUGGUACCGGUGGUUAUGCUCGUCAUAUCGUGCUUGACGCUCAUCCUGUGCCAGCGAACGGUCGAGGUGGGCGACGACGCCAAGAUGCGGUUCAAGCGUAAGAGCAUCCGGACGCUGUUCCCACUGCACGACCGCGAGCUGGACAGCAUCGCCGGCCACCGGCCGUCCACCGUCGACCUGGACAACACGUCCCUCUGAGAUUCGCUACGCAUUCCCCUCUUGCAAGAUAGCCCUACUCGUCAGCAACAGAUGUAUUCGUUGCCAGACUACUAGAGCUUACAUUUCACUAAGAUCCGGACAGCUUACAUAAAAAAUAAGCUUCGUACACAACACAAAUCCGGAUCGGUGAGGGGAACGCGUGAUUGUUAAAAUAUGAAAAAAAAUUGUUAUUAGUGAGAUUAAAUUGUAUUCACUCGUUUAUAUAAUUCAUCGCAUCUCGAAAAUUCUGCACAUAAAUUACAUAUUUUGUGACUUGACACACCCUUCAACGUCGCUAAAUUUUUAAAAAUAUAUAUUUUUUUUAUACACUUGAUGCCUAAUACACACGAUAAUAUUAAACAAUAAGCUUUAUGGAAUUUUAUAGAUAUAUGCGCAACAAGACACUUUGGCAGUACUUUAAACUGAUUUAAAGCAAUAUCACCAAAAAUAUAAUACUAUACUAAAUUAUUGUAUACGAACAGCAUAGAUGCGCAUAUAUAUAUAUAAUGUUAUAUUGUAAAAUACAAUUUUUAAACAAUAAAUUGUUCAAUAUUAAGUCUAUAUUAUACUCAUUGUAAUUUAUGAUUGUAUUGUUAUAUAUUAUUAUAUACGUUAAAUAUUGUUAUAAUUUAUUUAAUAAUGCAUGUACGUCCAAUAUAUGUUCACACGAGCGUUUCUAGUGGUAUAAGUAGAACGUAAUUGAAUACUAGGUAUGUAUAGUUUUAAAACGAUGCGCUUAUAGGCGAAGAUUUGUAAAUCUAUGUAUUGUAUAAUGUAUAUUGUAUAUUGUAUUAUUUACGUUGUCGUUCUUCUGUAUGAAAAUCUCGACCGCCGGUAUCAACAAGAUAUGGUCAAGAAUAAUGUGAUUUGCACCAAUUUCGUACACGAGAUCAAACACGCAUGCUAUAUAAUAAUAUUGUUAAUAUUGAUAUAUAUCCUUAGACAUUUUUUAUAACAAAUAACUAAUAUAAAAUAUAUAUAUAUUCGAUAUAAUUAUAUGUACGCAUAAUUGCUGUUGCUUAACGAUAGUGAAAUCAACGUAAAUUAUACUUAUAAAUAUAUUAUACACGAAAUUAUUA